CCACUAGGUUAUUGAGAAAAGGUUGAUGCAACGCGCUGAAUUGAGGGAUUCAGGCAUAUGCUAUGAGGCUGGUAGAAAACUUUACUUAGAUAUUUUGUUGGAUCGAUUUGAAACAUCAGAACAAAAGGAUAUGUCCCACAUGGUCCGAGAAGCCAGCGAAAUGUUCAUAGCGGGAAGCGUGACAGUAGCCACGAUGGUGAGCUGGGUUUGUUUGCUGAGUGGUGUCUUUCCAGAGGUGGGCGACAAACUUCGCGAGGAGAUAGAUUCGUGCGUGGAAGAUGCGCCGAACGCAACUAUCGAGGACUGCGCCAAGCUAGAGUAUUUGGAUCUUGUUGUCAAAGAGACGUUUCGUCACUUCACAGUCCCGUUUGUCUCACGAGUUGCUAAAAAAGAUAUUCAAGUUCCUGAUGUUGGGACCGUCCCUGAGAACACGAGGUUCAUAGUUUUCUUGAUGAGUCUCCACCACGAUGCAAGAUUUUGGGAAAAACCGCACGAGUUCUAUCCAGAACAUUUUCUUCCUGAAAAUGUUAAGAAGCGGCCAACGAGUUCAUUCAUCCCUUUUUCUACAGGAAUGCGUGAGUGUCCAGGAGCAAAAUACACGAUGCAGACAAUGAAAGUUCAAGUUGUGCGCAUUUUGUCUCAGUUUAAGAUUGUAUCUGCAAGAAUGAAGCCCUGGAAAAAUCCAUUUUUGGAACUGAGUCUGGGGUUCGGCUUCACCGUUGUUCCUACUCGUGGUUGGCUUGUUACAGCUGAGCUGAGGAAUCAGAGCUGA